GACAUGAAAGACGGUAGUGCCCUGGAACACCGUACAGAGUGCUACAGUAGUUGGCUACGUUCACUUGAUCAUUGCGUUUAAUACUAUGUUGGAUGACAGAUCAUAAACGUGAGAGCGUAUAUCAGAUAUGUCAGUUGCAAAUAAUAUAAUCGUUGUCGGGGCAGGGAUAAGUGGUCUAUGUGCAGCCAAUUAUCUGAAAGACAAUGGAUGUGACGUUAUUUUACUCGAAGCACGUGAUCGAGUUGGUGGACGGACGCUCACCUUUAGAGAUCCGUCUGUUGAUUAUGUGGAUUUAGGCGGAGCUUAUGUAGGUCCAACUCAAAACAGGAUUCUGCGAGUAGCAAAUGAAGUAGGAGUCAAACCAUACGUAGUGAGAGACGCCGAAAAAUCUGUAUGGCUGCAAAAUGGCAAACGAUACGAGUUCAACGGGUUUAUGCCGAAAUUCUGGAAUCCCCUGAUUUGGCUGGAUGUGAAUAGCAUCAUUCGGGAAAUCGACCGCAUAGGAGAGACGAUUCCAUUAGACAAGCCGUGGGAUUGUCCAAAUGCCGAAGAAUUAGAUAACAUGACAUGGAAAGAAUGGGUUCUUAAACAUGCAUGGACAAGCACUGCAAAGACGUAUUUCCUUGCGUCAUCUCCGUUUCACGUGACUACCGAACCUCAUGAAAUUUCAGCGCUAUACUUCUUGUGGUAUAUUGCACAAUGUAAUGGAUUCAACCGGAUUAAUGGAGUCGAGAAUGCUGCCCAGUCUAAUAAGUUUAUUGGAGGAUCUCAAUUGAUAAGCGAGCGCCUUUGUGAUCGGUUAGACCAAAACCAUGUGAUUUUGAGCAGCCCAGUUACACAAAUACAACAAACAGAUGAAGGUGUUCAAGUCUCUACACUUGACGGCAAAUCAUAUUCGGGUUCGGCCGUCAUACUCGCGAUGCCACCAUCAAUGACGCAGAGGAUCACAUUCAGCCCACCGCUUCCAUCAUUACGUAAUCAACUAAUAGCUAGGUCACCAAUGGGAUCGGUCAUAAAGUGCAUAACAUACUAUGAAAAAGAUUUCUGGUUCGAUAAAGGUCUGAGCGGCAAUAUAUGGAGUUUUGACUCUAGUUCACCGGUCUUAUGGAGUAUUGAUGACACAAAACCAGACAACACCCACCCAGCAUUAAUGAACUUCCUAGAGGGUAAUAAAGCCAGAAGUGUAUGUUACGAUUCCAAAGAGAAUAGACGCGACAUGAUAUGCAAAUUUUAUGCAAAGGCAUUUCAAUCUCAAGAGGCCUUAAAGCCAAUCAAUUACAUGGAGAUGGAUUGGAUGGCUGAGCCGUACUCAGGUGGUUGCUUUACUACAGUAUAUUCUACAGGAGUUUUGACCAAAUUUGGACGAGAGAUAGCAAGACCGUUCGGGCGUGUGUACUUUGCUGGAACCGAAACAGCAACACAGUGGUCAGGCUACAUGGAUGGGGCUGUGGAAGCUGGUGAGAGAGCAGCCAGAGAGGUUUUACAUCGAUUAGGCAAAGUGUCAGGAAGUGAAGUUCAUCAAGAAGAACCCCAAUUUCCUGGCAUGCUAACUGUUCCAUUAGAUCCGACUUUCUUCCAACGUAUAGCGCCAUCUGUCGGCGGGUUUCUUGCAUUUGUUGGUGUCAGUAGUGUCUUGACGUUAGCAGGAAUUAUAGGAUGUGUUCACGUGAUGAAGAAAAAAUAAAUACAAAUUAAAUAAACCAUCUAUUAAUAUAAUUAUGUAUACAUUUUUGUCAAUUAUACUUAAUGCUAAUUAUGUGAAAUAAUUUGCCCUAAAUCUAGGUCAUUCAAACAAAUUAGCUAAAAUAGAAAAGAUUCAAUUAUUUUAUUUAAAAAGAAAUGACAGGAUGGAAACUGGCCUAUUUAUUUAUUCAUUUGUUUAUGUAUAAAGCUCCUUUCUAUGCCUUAGCGUUGCUGCUGCAAUCAACACUGGAGCAGACAACCCCACCAGGUACCCAUUUGUUACUACUGGAUGGAGAGAAGCAAAGUUCACAGAGAAUGGUUGAAACCCCGACCUCGAGGUUGGAAACCAAACCGUUCCUGCUACGCAAUAACCACCUCCCGCAUUAGAUAGGGCACAUUCUUACAUUUUUCCACUUACUUGGAGAUUCACCUGUUUUAAGAACAAAUUAAUUAGAUAUAUAGGCCUAUUGGUGCUACGAUUGAGUCGAUUGCCAAUUUUAUUAUUUUAGUUGGACAUUUUUUAUAUACAUACUUGUAAUUAACAAUUGUAAUAAAAUUAUUCUAGUCAUUUUAUAUUAGACUUAACAAGCAUUAAAAUGUUAUUAGUUUCAACCACAAGAAUUGCUUUGGCUAAAUUAGGACCAGGACUAUAACAAUAAUGUUACCCUAGCGCUCACAGGCAGGGGGAUUAGAUUCGUACCACCGCCGUAGCCACACGAUGCAGUGAGUACCCGGCUUUAAUGUUUAUUGUGAGCCAAUGACUUUCUUUAUUUCGCACAGUUGAUGUCAGUUGAGUUGAGAAUCGAGUCGCAAGGGCGACAUAAGCCCAGUUUUACGUUCUAUCAUUAGCUAGCAGUAUUAUGCCGGGCACUCACUGCUGCGCCCGAAGGUUGUCGGCAGACGCGAUGCUAAUAAGAACACAACGCCACGACGAGCGCGUAACGGAUCGUUUUUAAUGACGAUCCGCUCAUAAUGCCACCGACAAUCAUCAGAGGGCGUCGAGUAGUCUAUAGCUCACAGGGAGCGGAGUUAAAAUCGUCGUACGACCGUCGUACACGACGCCGUGAGAGCCCGGCUUUAAUGUUUAUUGUGAGCCAAUGACUUUCUUUAUUUCGCACACUUUAUCUUUAAUGAUACAGUAUUAGUUUAUCAACAAUUAAAAAAAAAGAAACUUAUCAUAGAAAGUUAGGACAUAGGCCUACGUUUCUAGUAAUUUCAGCUGUUAGUUUUAUAACAACUGCAUAAUUUAAACUGUAGGUCAAAGCUUUCAUAUAAAUGUGCAGUCUUUUAAAAAAAAACUGAAUUAUAUAGGCUAGUUUGUAUACAUGCCCUCGUUUUCUCAUCUACCAGAAACAAGCAAUAAAUCAAUUGCACCAAA